GAAAGCUGUUCAGAGAGCUGCUGAUGAAAACGGUCACUGUGGGCGCAGACAACCCGGUCACCUCCAUCUCGCCGCGCCCUGCCGGGGCCCGCAGCCGGGUCAGACGCCUCACCGACCGCGGCACGGCCGCCACCGCCUCUGGGUUACCAGCCCCUCCCCCUGCUACCGACUUGGCCAAUCCGCGCUCUCUCGCAGGGAGGGUCCGCCUAUAGUCGCGGGGUCCUCACCGCCGGAAGCUCUCCGAUAUUGUUAGGUUUGUCCAGCCAAUCCCGAGAGGCCUGCCGUGGUCCAGUUCUUCCAAAACGGAUCCGGCGGGCGCAGACUGAAGACGAGAGGAAGGACUGGCGGGGGAUACCCACGCCACCGUGGAGGGUAAACUCGCGCCUGUGCUUAGUGCUUUGCGAGUUACGUGAGGCGUCAUAUUUCCGGCUCCCGUACGACACUAUUUUAUAAACUGGGGAAGCGAGGCCCAGAGGUUGGAAGCAGUUACUUUAAGAUAACAAAAGAUUGGAGCAAGUAAUUAACCAAAUCUCAGCGCAGAGGCCAAACACAAAGCUGCUGGCAGCCAGUACAUGUGCGCAGCUCCGCCCCUCUUCAAAAGGCGAAGCAACCUGGCCUGACCCUUCCCGCGACCCGUCGUGAGGCAGAGCGAGCGCGGAAGGCUUGGUGGGCAGCGCUGCGCCGCGCCAUGGAACCCGACGGGACCUAUGAGCCGGGCUUCGUGGGUAUUCGAUUCUGCCAGGAAUGUAACAACAUGCUUUACCCCAAGGAGGACAAAGAGAACCGCAUUCUGCUCUACGCGUGCCGGAAUUGUGACUACCAGCAGGAAGCUGACAACAGCUGCAUCUACGUGAACAAAAUCACGCACGAAGUGGAUGAACUGACCCAGAUCAUCGCUGACGUGUCCCAGGACCCUACGUUGCCGCGGACCGAGGACCACCCAUGCCAAAAGUGCGGUCACAAGGAGGCGGUGUUCUUCCAGUCACAUAGUGCCCGUGCCGAGGACGCUAUGCGCUUGUACUACGUGUGCACGGCCCCACACUGUGGCCACCGCUGGACGGAGUGAACCACCUUCCCUCAGUAAAAAAUGCUCCGUUCUGCGUU